CACUGGACCAGAUCGGAGACAAGCACAGCGCGUUCCCAAUGCGCGUUCCCGUGCGCGUCCUCGAGCAGCGCGCGGCUGAGGAAGACGGAGCGCUCUCGGUGCGGGAGUGCGCUCGGCCAGGCUCAUCCGGAGUAGAACAUUAUAAACACAUUUAUAUUUAUGUAGAUAGAUAUAUAUAUAUAUUACAGCUGUGUAUUCAUGGAGGUGAACUAGAGAGGGGGAUUCGGGUUUUAUUUUAUUAUUUUUUUAUUUGUUUGUUUUGGAUUUGCUGAACGCAGUCUGCUAAAAUGGCUGAGAUCGCGAGUCUGAGCCCAACCUACGAGGUGUCCCCAGUCCUGGCGGGAUUUCUUGGUGCAGGAGUUCUCAUUGUCACAGUGACGGUGGCCAUUUUUCUGUGGACUUUCUGUCAGCGUCAGUAUCGCAGAAUGACAUUUAAGCUAAACAACGGCCCGUUCGACUCACCUACUGACCCGCCGCUAAAGUUUAUUCACAUGCUCAAGGGCAUCAGCAUCUACCCCGAGACCCUCAGCAACGCCAACAAGAUCAUACGAGCAGGCCGGAGGUCAUCAUCAUGGCAAAGGAGUCAAGAUUCUGACAUCGAGGGUCAUGCACAUUUGCAGAUGAACCACCUUGUACCCCCGAAGCUGGAGCGAGCACUUCCGAUUCGGGCCGAUUACUGUUGCUCUGAGAGCAGCAGCUGUGAAUCGGCCAGUAAGACCCCGACUCCGUUCAGCCUUGAGUCACCAUCAUUGGGCACCUUAGAUCUUGCCAUUGAUUACAACUUUCCCAAAAAGGCGCUGGUGGUGACAAUUGUGGGUGCACGAGAUCUCCCAGCUGUUAAUGAGCAGACAGGGAGCUCGGAUCCAUAUGUGAAGAUGAGCAUUUUGCCCGAGAAGAAGCACCAUGUAAAGACCCGAGUGAUGAGGAAGACCCUGGAGCCGUCAUUUGACGAGACGUUCACCUUCUAUGGCCUUUCAAUCAGCGACCUGGCUGACCUUACACUGCACUUCCUGGUGCUGAGCUUCGACCGGUUUGCCCGCGAUGACGUAAUCGGAGAGGCGCUAGUGUCGUUGUCAGGCGUUGAACUUAGCGCGGGCAAGGUGCACAUCAGCCAGCAGAUCACCAAGAGGAACGUACAGUGCGGGAGACGUGGUGAGCUGCUGGUGUCUCUGUCCUACCAUCCUGCCACACACAGACUCAACGUGGUGGUGCUCAAAGCCAAACACCUUCCCACCAUGGACAUCACCAGCCUGCCAGGCAAUCCGUACGUGAAGGUAAACGUGUUCUACGGGCGCAGACGCAUCGCUAAGAAGAAGACACACGUGAAGAAGUGCACCCUGGAGCCGGUCUUCAACGAGUCGUUUGUGUACGACGUUCCCGCCGAGCUCAUGGCCGACAUCUCCGUCGAGUUCCUUCUCAUCGACUUCGACCGCACCGCCAAGAACGCCGUGGUGGGACGCCUGGUGCUCGGAGGUCAGAGCCCGACGCCGUCGGGCGUCACACACUGGAGGGAGGUGUGCGACAACCCGCGGCGGCAGAUCGCCAAGUGGCACGACCUGUCCGAGUUCUAACAGUCCGCACCGCCCGGUCCCGCCACGAUAAAGAUAGCAACCCGUCUGUUACCCUUUUUCUCAUGUAGGUGUAUCCUAGCCUGAAUAUAUUCGCGUGUGUGAGACAGUGUGUGUGUGUGUGUGUGUGUGUGUGUGUGUGUGUGUGUGAGUGUAUGGCUGUCAGGAAGCGCCCUAAAGACCAUUACACAAGGCACGACUUUACUUGAACAGCUCCUGCGUUUCUUCGGAAGGAUCCUGCCUACGUACUGUAGACUCCAUCGUCCUGCAGUGUUUGUAAGAUAAGACUCGAGGACUCGAGGUCAACCAAGGUCCUUUAUCUGGACAAUUAAAGACUAAUCCGGUCUGUCUCUCUGAUAUAAUAUCAUUAUCGCUUGAUGACCCUGUGAGAAACCCUAAGGCAGUUAUUAUUAUUAUUAUUAUUAUUAACGAUUACAGUUUAACGUUAGCACACGCAUUUCUACUUUGGCGAAGAAGAUCCCGAAGACGUCAAAGCGUUCACAAUGAAAUAUUCCUUGGGUCGGAAGCCAAUGAAGAAGAAGCGACACCUUCCAGGAGCACGAAGGGACACGAAGGCAUAAUGUCUUCUGAACGACCGUUAUUCUAAUGAACGAAUCCGAACGCGUUAUUAUCAGCUCAUGAGUCGCUUAGCUUUUGUAUGGAUGUACAGUCCGCUAAUCGCCACAGAGAGUUCGCUUCAUUCACAUUCAGUAAAAAGCCCUUCUUCUGAUUACCUAGCGCUAACGCUAUUGCUAACGAGGAACGCUUAACCUUUAAAUCUUUAAGUUGACAGCGUUUACGAUUAUAGUUAUUUAUUUCUGAUUUGUCUGCAUUGAAUCCUGAAAGGAUUUUUUUUUUUUUUGAUAAUUUCAGUGUCACGACAAACUUUAGUGUUUUCCUAGUGAUAAAUAAACCACAGAGGCUGACUGAGAUCUGUAAGAACCGGUCCUGAUCCUGGACGUGUUCUGGGAUAUUUACUCGUAAAUUAUCCCACACACAGCAGGAAACGGUUUACUAAUACGCGUGCUGUUUGUUCUUGAUAGUUACACAGAUCUCCGAGAGACUUUUCAGAAGACAGGUUGGACAUCAGCAUGAUAUUAGAGCAAAGUAAAAGAGUGACACAUAUUUAUGAUGUAUGCCUCCGUUUUAAUGCUCUUAAAACAAAAACAGGAACGAAUGUGCUCUGAAAACGACAGUCAUAGUUUUCGGAAAGGUUGGGAUCGUUUAGAGAUAGCGAUCUUUGGGGGAAAAAGGGAUCAUAAAUUUUAUCUUAAAACAGACAGAAUGUGCUCAGAAUUCAAUUUUUCGAUAAACCCUUCCAGGUAUCAUCAUCAUCAUCCCAUGCAGUGAUCUCCAGGUUUAUUCAAUUAAAGGUGCUAACUUCUGCAUUGACUGCAUUGACUCCUCCAUGUCCAAGUCAAACCAGGACUUUUACAGAAUAACAGAACACAGUUAUGAGAGUUAAAACCCCCUCUUUAUUUCUCUAUAUAAUCCGCCCUGCUACACUAAUGCACUUAUUCCAGUAUUUCACUAGAGCUUGGACACCAUUAAGGUAGAAAAUAGAGAAAAAACAGAGCCAUGAUACGACUGCGUCUGAAACUCUGGCCUCCCAAGAACUCGUCUUGGUGCGUCUCAAGUUACCCGUUGAUUUUCAAGGAUCAGGGCUCUGAGUCAUUUCAGAGCAAGAAGUCUCAUCACCGUACCAUAAUUUAAUAAUAAUUAAUAAAAUCACGAGUCCUGGAUUGAUUUGAACGGCCUUCGUAUAUACUGAACAUUUUUCAACAGAAAUGCUUCAAACUGCAUAUUCAUCAAGGCAAACGUGUAAGAUGUGUUACUAGCUUUACUAAUUUACCUUGGCUAGCUAUUUAAGAGAUACCAGGAGGACGUGGGAGUGUUUUUAAUUGGCAUGCCCAUGAAAAUUUCCAACUCCUGGCAUUUUCAAGUGACAGUAAAGGUGUCGUUUUAGUGGAACCCUGGGCAUUUAUGGAGCUGCACAGCUUUUCAUACAUUGAAUCUGAAUAAAAAGGAAAGCUAUUAAAGAUUUGGAUUUUCUAAACAGUCGUACAGAUGCUCUGAAACUAGAUCCGGCUAAUUUGUGCUUCAUUAUUUAUUAAAAUUAAAAAGGAGUCAAAAUCCAGAGAAUCUAGGGCGCGUUCUUUCCGGGUUACGGACAGCCGUGUUGUACAUAGCGGGGUUUCCCCUCAAACCUUUCCGAAAUGUUGCUGUUAAUUAUGAACACGUGUGUAUUUUCACCGAACUCUUAAACCUCUUUGCCUGCUUUUCCUAUUAUUGCAAAAAAAAAAAAAAAACUGUACAAAGUGUAUCAUAAGAGGCUCACGAUUAUCUUUGUUUUUUGCUCAAAAACUCUACAUAUCUCUAGGGACUUCCCUCUUUUAAACCCGAACAACGAAUUUUUAACACACAAAACCCUUCCCAGAUAAAAACAUAAAUAACGAGUGAGGAAUACGCAGAUACUCGCACUUUAUGAUUUUGUUUCAUAAUUGUAGAAAAGAAAAAAAAUCUAUCUAUCUAUCUAUCUAUCUAUCUAUCUAUCUAUCUAUCUAUCUAUCUAUCUAUCUAUCUAUCUAUUUUUCUUUCUUUCUUUCUAUAUGAAAAGAACCAAAUAGCUGUGAUGUCAUUUUCGUCCCAUGUCAAAGAAUCAGACGGAAUCUAAUGUCCGUAUAAUCUUCACGUCCCUCAUCCAGGGCUCUGAUUGGCAGAAAAAACAAUUCCUCCCAGGAUUUCUAGCAGUGUGUGUGAUCAAUGCACGAGCAUUGACGUGCGAAAAGGUCUAAAUUGAUACGGUGUGACUUUGGGACAGUGUAGAUGAGAGGUGCUGCUCUUUCGCAGAACGGCACGAGACGAUCUGAUGCGCUAGAGUACGCGGCGCUGUUCUGAGCGCCGACUUUAAAUGCCUCUGAGUAAGCAUCGCCAGGGCUGAUUUAUAUUUUAUCAUUUAAAGAAAUACAGUGUAUGAGUGUCGAGACUCAAAUAAUCAGUAAUGAGUUGGUGCUGGUGGUGUGAAUCUCCGUGCAGCUCCUGCAACGAAUAUGCCGACACUAACGAUUUAAAAUCUAUUGAAGAAAAUCGGUUUAUUUGUAACUUUAAACAAGAACUAAUAUAGUUGCGAGCAACAAUGAGCGGGCCCAAGCAUCCUGAAUUUUGUGGGAGGACCCGACCCGUACACAAUGAUGUAAUAUUUUUUAUUUUUGUGCUGAUGUCAUAGUGCUCGGGCUCUUAAAAUGCAUUUCGCGAUGUUAUGGAGACACCACCAAGCGUAAAACUUUCCUGUUGAAGGAAAACAAAACGGUUAAAAAUGUUACAAAAUGUUAAACAGACAUCAUGUUUGAUCGUAUCGACGACCAUUCGGAUUAUUAUAAACUAGAUAAAACGGUCGAACUCCUCUUUAUACAUCUGUUUAAACUUCCUCCGUAUUUCUCUGUUCUGUAGUAAGGUGUUUUCCUUUUUUCUUCCUUCCUUCUUCUUUCCAAAGAAAUACAAAUCAGCCCUUUCAAGGUCUUGUGACAGGGGAACCCCAGCUUGCACAAUUACAUAAGCGGGUAAAGAAAGAAAUAUAAAAAAAUAUUCUAAUUAUAAUCUGAUUAUAUUAUUUCCAUGUCACACACACUCUUAUCCGGAUGACUGAAACCCUUUACAGAUACGACUGACCGUCCCAUUUUACACACACAUUAGUUUUUCAAAUAACCUUUUCUAAAUCUGUCCAUUGGCGUAUUUGUUCUUUUUGUCCUGUUCCCUUAGGAUUGUCUCAGACACGCUGAGUUUAACAGUGAUGAUGGUGAUGAAACACACCGUCUCCCACACAGAGACUCAAACAGAUGGGCUCAGUGAUAGUCAGAUCUAUGUGUGUGUGUGUGUGCGUGUGUGUGUGUGUGUUGGCAGGGAGGACAGGCAAAGUAGACGAGCAGGAGGCAGCUCAUAUCUGCAGUCUUAAUUAAUGAGAUGCGUGUUCAUGUUAAUCAAAUCGCUAACAGUCGGCUCGCUCGUACCUCUACGGCCGCGGUUUCAUUUCCCGCUCUGUUACUCCUCCAUCCGCGCGCACAGCCGGAAUUCAAACCGGGGGUUGACAGCUGACCUUUCGCAGAGAGACCAUGACUAGCCGGAACAGCUCAUGAGUAAAAUCAUCGAGUGUCUUAAUCCAAAGAUGGCUCCAGAAGUAUUGGCACCCUUUUACAGAAGGGAAGGAGCAGAAAUAAAUGUAAAAACUACGAACAUUUUUGUGGCUUACACAAAAUGUAAAAAUUAUCAGCAACAAUUUAAUAGCGUAUUGUUCGAACUAGCUAUCGAUAUACAGUAUUCUUACUUUAUAUCACGAUUGACCGUUCAGUCAGUUUGUUCAAUGCAUCAAAUGUGACAUUUUUAAUAGUAACUUUAGGCAGUGUAGAUUUUAUUCAUGAUAUUAUACAGUCCUACACAUAACUAAGGCUACAUUGACAUUAAAGCUACAUUGUUUGUUUUGGUCAGAUCGGAUUUGCAUGUCAUGACGGUUCACGGUUCAUGAUCACAAGUGACUUUGAAUCUGGUUCUAAUGUGGAUGUGCAUACUCACAUCGAUGUGUCACCAGGGUUACAACACCGACUCCCUUAUUUCAAACAAUGGAUGUGACUAUAGCAACAAAUACGCUCGGGGUUUUCCUCUGUAGGACGGCAAGCAGUUAGUCGGCUGAGAUGCAGAAGAAGGAAAAAAGCCGGCAGUCUCGUUUUAGCUGUUUUAGAAACUUUUGCUAGCGCUGCUCUGAAAUUCCCGUCCUGUCGGUGCUGACUGAUGACCUCAGAGAACGCCAUACGCAUGAGCAGAGAAUAACAAGUUGCAUGGAUCCCGUGCUCAUUCAAGUCAUAUGACCACAUAUUGGAUAUACAUAUAUAUCCAGUCUAGGAACAGAACACAAUCUUGAUUUGAGUCAUUUCAUGCUGGUAAUGUGAACGUAGUCCAAAAAAACCCCCAAAGUGAUACCAUGUCAUGAUGAUUUGAAGCAAGGAAAUACAAGUAGGCAAAAAAUUUAAGAAAUAAAAAUCUAACUGUGUAAAGAAGUACAAAAAGACUAGAGAAGCAAAUACUAACUGAAAGCGUAAACCAUAGUGCGUAGACCUUAAAAGCAGGAGGAAGUAGAUGUUGGACUGCAGAUGGUAACGUUUAAACCCCAGCACCACCAGGUUGCCACUGUUGGGCCCCUGAGCGAGGCCCUUAACCCUCAACUGCUCACAUGUAUAAUGAGAUAAAAAUGUAAGUCACUCUGGAUCAGGGUGUCUGCCAAAUGCUGUAAAUGUAAAUGAAAGCGGUUCUGUGUGACGCAUGUACUGUAAGCUUUAUAUGAGCAGUAUAAUUCAUGAUGUGGUUUAUUUUAGCCAAUAAAAACAGUAUCUAUGAUGCUAAUGGGGAGCAGCACAAAGAAACCAGUACUGUCUGAACGCUCAGAAUUAGAAAUGGAUGCAGAAUGAGUUCCAGUUAGUGAGUGGAGUUUAUUUCAGGGCUGUAAAAUGUAAAAGAAGAAUCAAAUAAUUAUCCCUCUCUGUAAAGGCUGUAAAGGGUUUCGGUCAUCCGCUUCAUUUUAAACGCCUCGUCAUGAUGAAUCCGGGCAACCUGAGUUGCCUCAAGAGCUUCCAAUACACCAGAAAUUAAAACUUUUUUAAAAUGAGAUGACAUACAGGAUGCACUGCUGCAACAUUUCUCUAAAAAAAAAAAAAAAAAAACUCUA